CAAUCGUGUUCUUCCCCACUUUCUUCAUUUCCCUGAGAUUGGAUUUUCGCGGUGGUCAUGACGGUGGACGACGAUAGCUCGAUAUACGUCGGUGGCCUUCCUUAUGACGCAACCGAGGAUAGCUUGCGCAGAAUCUUCGAUUUGUACGGGGCCGUCGUCGCUGUUAAGAUUAUCAAUGAUCGUAGUACUAGAGGAAAGUGCUAUGGGUUUGUUACCUUUACAAACCCUCGAUCUGCUAUUGAUGCCAUCAAAGACAUGGAUGGAAGGACUAUUGAAGGGCGAGUUGUCAGAGUUAAUGGAGUGAAUACUAGAGGUGGUGGAAGGUUUGGUAGAGAAAGUAAUCGGUUUGAUGUAGAGAGAGAUGUGAAUUGGGAGAGGGAUAGAGAUCGAGGGAGGGAUUAUGAGCAUGACAGAUAUCGUCGUAGAGGUAGAAAUAAUGACUGGUCUAGAGAGCGUGAUCGGUCUCGAGAACAUGAUCUGGACAAGGAAAGAGUAUAUGAGCAUUCACAAGAUCGUGAUCUACCAAAGGAUAUAUUGUUAGAUAGGAAUCCUGAGUUGGAAAAAAUUCCGAAGGCUAAUGAGCAGGAACGUGAUUUGAAGUUGAGCCAUGGUCAAGAUUGGGAAAAGGAUCACGAUGCAGAUUGGAAUGGAGGUGGAGGCAUUGACAACACUGAUGAUUAUGAUAAAAGCCUUGGUAGUGAUAGAGAUCAACUCUCUAGGAGAGAUAACGGUCUUGCGAUUGAAGGUCGAACUGCUCGGGAACUUUCAUCUGAUUCUAGUGAUGAUUAUAUCCAUGAAUUAAAGGAACAACUGGAGAUAUCAACAGAAAGAUUUGAAGAACUUAGAAAAGAGAUUUCUCAAAUAGAGGAGAGGACUGGAGAGAAGGGUAAACUUGUGGUUGAGUUGCAAAAGAAAGCCAAGAAACUGGAAGAUGCGUUGAUCAGUGCAAAGAAACGCUCUUCAUUCCGUCAGAUGCAGCUGACCAAGCUCCAUAAAAGCUUUCUUUUAGUGAAGGAUUAUUCUGAGAGACUUAAAAUCAGUGAACAAGAACUUCAGGCUCUAGUUGAAUCAACUGCAAUAGAAAGUGAUGUUGGAUGAAUUAUGAAGUUCCAGCUAAUUGCAGUUCCAGUCAUAAGCUGAAAAGGCUGCACUGGUCGGGGUAGUCGUCGUCUUCUGUUGAUACUGAUGACAAGUUGUGAUGUAGAAUUUGUUUGUAACUUAACUUCUCCCAAGAUUAAGCUGUCCCUCUCUUUCAUGGUACGUUCACAAUCAACUAUGAACAUGUUUUUACUUGCCAUUGGCAUCUUCAGAGGUUCAUUGCUUCACUGUUGUCAAGUUAGGUAGGUAAAGAUAUAUGCUGAAAAUUAAUUCCAACUUCCAAAUAGUUUUUCCAGCUUGCCUGAAGUUCCUUCCCAUGAAUGCAAAUUUGAAGUUUAGGUUGUAAUCCUUUUCUAAGAACAUUAUGACAUAUUUCAAACAGACUUCCGUAUCGUUAUAUCA